AGUCAUGAUCUGGUUUUGAAGAGUCAAGCAUUUGUUGUUCUGCAGAGAGCUACAGAGUACUUGGACGUGACUAACUUCAUAGAGGGUGUGCAGUAGUACUGGUUGAUUUCAGGAACAAUGGCAGUCUGGCCUCUUUGUCUGUCUUUCUUUCUGCUCUUUGCUCUGGAUGCUUCAGGUAAUUGUUGUGAAGUGUAUGUGGCCCAGUUUUUAAUUUAUGCAGUUUACCUCAAAUCCCACAGAGUAACGGGGACCUGUACCCUGGUCAGACAAGAAACCUGUGAAAGUGGAUGGUCUGCAUAUAAAGGUAGAUGCUUCCGCUUUUUUAACUUUCCGCGUUCCUGGAUUGAUGCAGAGAAACAGUGUUUGGGCUACGAUGGGAACCUGGCUUCUGUACACAGUUAUGAGGAGUACAUCUUCGUACAGAUCUUGAUUAAAUAUCAAACUCAAGAGACAACUGAGUCCUGGAUAGGAGGCUAUGACGCUGUUUCAGAGGGAACAUGGCUCUGGAGUGAUGGAUCAAAACUGGACCAAGAGAUAUGGGCUCCUGGACAACCUGACAAUAGCAAUAGAAACGAGCACUGUCUUAUGAUGAACUAUCAACCCUCGAGUAACUGGAAUGACAACCCCUGUCAUAUUAAAAAGCCUUAUGUGUGUGUGAAGAAAUACACACCAACAUUUAAGUUUCAUGUAAAAUUGUGAAUGUCUUAUUGUCUUGCAUUAAAGGAAUAGUUGACCAAAAAAAUUACAAUUUUAAAACAUCGCUUACCCUCAGUCGAUCCAAGAUAAAGAUUAGUUCUUCAUCAGAACAGAUCUGAAGAAAUAUAACUUUACAUGAUUUGCUUAUUGAUGGAGAUCCUCUGCAGUGAAUGGGUGCCAUCAGAAUGAAAGCUCAAACAGCUGAUCAUGAAGACAUCACAAUAGUCCACACGACUCCAGUCCAUCAAUUAAUGUCUUGUGAAGUGAAAGGCUGCAAGUUUGUAAUCAAUUUUUCAUUUUUUGGUCAAUUGCUCCUUUAACUAAUUCUCCCUAAUUUCUUUACGAAUGUGCAAGUAGAACUCAAUAAAUAUCAAGCAGUUGCA